CGCAUUGAGGGGCUUAUCGUUGACGUUCACUUCGAUACAGUUCGGAUAUACCAGUCAAUCGAUUUAUACCUUGCCACUGUCGCAACAAACUACCAGAUAGGCGUCGCAUGCAAAAUAAUGUCGGAUAUUAACCCCGCGGAAACGCUGGAACAGCUCCAGCAACUGCAGAAAGAGAGCGGAGAUCUAAAAUCGCAGCUCGCGAUUCUUCGUAUCAGCGAACCGAUCUUCUCGCCUGAUGCCGAGAAUCAGAGUCAAUCUUUGUCCAAACGUACUUCGGACGCUUCAGCGAUCGAUAAUCCCACGCCGGCCUCACUCGAGGCCGACCUAACACACUACAAGGAACUCUUCUCAAAAUUACGCUUUUCAUAUGUCGAGCAAGUGACGAAGGAAAAGUUUCUACGUGCCAUUGUCGGCGAUCCUCCCCUGGUGGUCGGUCAUAAUGAGAACGUGGAACUCGAAACGCAAUUAGCGGAGGUGAAGGCGGAGCUUAAGGCAAGCAAAGAGGAGGUCCGCAUGAUGAUUGAAGAAAUGGAGAAGACAGGUCGAGACCUCGCCCAUCGAUACAACAAUGUCGAAUUGCAGAUGACGCAGCUAUCCACUUUGCCCGAGUCCAUCGAGAAUCUAGAGUCUACAAUUGCCGAACUGCGUGCCAAACAGGCAUCCGAUGCAGACGCUUCAUCCUCCCAGAAUCUUCCGCUUCCUGCAACUCUGUCGCUGGUGGCUGAGCGAGAGGCAGAACUUGCUGCGCUUAACAGACAGCUUGCCGCAGUACAGAAUGCUUUACCUCGCAAGACACGAGAGGCGGAAGCAAUGGAGCGAGAGCUAGGUGUCCUGGAACGACGGAAGUCAGAGGCUAUCACCCAGGCUAAGGAGGCGGAGAGGAAGAAGCAAGAGGGAGAAAGCGAUGGACUAGAGGAGACAGGAAGAUGGUACAGAAGUGCAGAAGAAGCACUCAAACACCUAGUCGGCGUUGAAGGAUGA